UAAAAUCAACCCGAAUUCUGUUACAGCAAAACUGGCCGUAGUUACCAUACAUACAUAAUUCGUCUUGGUGAAUUAGCUAGAACAGAGGUCAUGCCCCCGAAGUCUCUCAACAUCCGUCAUCUUAGCGGAAAAAUCGAAGGAGUGCGGCAUGCGAUCUAUUCUUUUCAUUGAUGCCCCCCGUUCAUGAAAAAGAAUUGGAGAUAUCGGCGUAUUGGUUUUCGAGGACUCGUUGAAUGCAUACCGGAAUAGAUGUACUUUGCUAUAUGAAAGAAAAGAAGGAAUAACUCAGGAUCUAGUGAAUAAGAGAUUAGCCCUGGUCUAUGAUAUAUGAGGUGUCGUCAGCGUUAUUAUUGAUGGACUCCGAGUGCAUUUAUACGGGAAUGUUGCCGAUUUCUAUUGAUGACUCUUGUCAAGAAAUACUCGCUGUUUCGUUUCGAAGGUAACAUCUUGUCGCCGUUUCAAUAAAUGUUUUAUUCUCUGCAGCUGUUUCAGCGGUCGGUCAUACAUAUUUUCAUAUCUUUUUUCAUUAAUGCUGAUCUCUACUGUGUGAUGGACUUAUAUAGUAAUUGAUAUUUGUUGACGAAGAUAAAAUCGAAUUUGGGAGAUCGAUACUUAUUCGAUUGUAGAAACUCAAUAUUUUGUUUUGUGUUUUUUGUUUGAGAAUACAGUGGUAUAAUUUCAUUUUAUCUAAUUAAUGUGAUGGAAAUUGUAAAAGAUAAACAAAGGAAAUUGAAUUCAGAUGGUUUUUGUUGCAUCCUAAAACCUGCACAUUAAACAACAUACAACAAAAUUAGUUCUUAAAAAAUUAUAGUUCAUGCUGAGUACAUCGUCUUAUCUUGGAAUCCCUGUGGAUAACCCACAAGAAACUCAAAUACACAGGAACCUAUUUAUCGAUGUUUUGAAUCAGUGAUAUUUCGGUAAACUAGUGCUCGGGGGAUCAAAACAACUCAAUAGGUUUGUUUGGUUCUGAGGCGUGGAGUAAUCUGUGAAGAGUUUGAAAGAUGUUGAUGCCAUUUGGACUAGGUGUAUCCGAUUGAAUGUUUGAGACGGGUAUUUCGGUGUUUAUGUAUUUAUGGGGUUUACCGAGUGGAUUUUAAGAAAUAUGAUUAACACCACUUAAUGAAAGCUAAAUAUAUACAUAUGUAUAAAGGAUUAAGUCAUUAAAGGUGAAAGGGGUGAGCAGGAGAUAAGAUGAUGGAUUUACAGCUUUUGGCCGCUACCUUGUUUACUCACCUUCUCUUCCUCCUCCAGAACACCAUCACCGUCAAUGGCUACAAGCCGAUCGUGAAAACAGAAAAGGGAUUGGUACAAGGAUUUCGAAUGACUACUAACGGCAAAGAUCUUGACGCUUUUUUCGGUAUUCCAUACGCUAAACCUCCACUCGGUGGCAUGCGGUUUAAGCCACCUAUACCCGUCGAUCCGUGGGACGGAAUACUAAACGCCACCGUCAAGCCAAAGUGCUGUAUGCAAGGGUAUGAUCAGGUUUUUGGUAAUUUUUCUGGUGCUUGGGUAUGGAACCCAAACACGCAACCCAGCGAAGACUGUUUAUAUUUGAAUGUGUGGGUGCCAAAAACGAAUCCACCGUACGAAAAUAAAGCUGUGAUGGUGUGGAUUUAUGGCGGCUCGUUCUAUAGUGGUAGCGCUGCUCUGGAUAUUUACGACAGUCAGCACCUGGCAACGGAGAACGAUGUUAUUGUCGUUGCUAUGCAGUACAGAGUGGGAGCUUUAGGGUUUCUAGCCAUGGGCCAUCAUGAGGCCCCAGGAAAUGCCGGAAUGUUUGACCAAAGAUUAGCAUUAGAAUGGGUACAAAGAAACAUUCAUCAUUUUGGCGGGAGUUCGAGGAAUGUGACAUUAUUCGGUGAAAGUGCUGGGGCAGUCAGUAUUGGAUUGCAUAUGGUUUCUCCGAUAAGUCGAGGACUUUUUGAUCGUGCAAUUUUGCAAAGUGGUGCACCACACAAUGAAUGGGGAACAGUACCCACUGACGAAGGUAUACGACGUGGGCGACUGCUGGCUGGAUUUAUGGAUUGUGAUAGUAAAGCGGAGGCUAGUGACGUAAUUGAGUGUUUACGUAAUGUUCCAGCUGAACAUUUUCAGAGGCACGAAUUCAGUGUCGCGAAAGGUAUUAUACAGUUUCCAUUUGUUCCCGUCGUGGAUGGCAACUUUCUUGUGGAAACACCAGCUGAGUCGUUAAUCAGAGGAAAUUUUAAAAGAUGUCCCCUUCUAUUAGGUAGCAAUUCCAACGAAGGGAUCUGGUUCUUAUUUUACGAAAUUCAAGAAUUUUUCACAUUAGAAUCCACCGGACUGCUUACUAGCGAGCAGUUCAAAGCGGUAUUGUCGCGGUUGUUUGAAUUCUAUCCGCAAUAUCCACAUAAACAAAAUGAUUUUGGAAUGGAUGCCAUUAUUUUCCAAUACACCAAUUGGUUAGAUCCCAAAGACCAAUACAAAAAUAGACUGCAGUCUGAACAGUCAGUGGGCGACUGUCAUUUUGUGUGUUUUGUGCAAGAAACAGCUAGUAUUUACGCGCGCGCGGGAAUGAAUGUGUAUAGUUAUCUAUUUGACCAUCGGUCAAGCGUGUCACCGUGGCCGGAGUGGACCGGGGUCAUGCAUGGUGAUGAAAUUGCGUUUAUAUUUGGUGAACCUUUAAAUGCUAAUUUCAAAUAUCUAGCACGAGAAAGGGAUCUAAGUAGAAAAAUGAUGAGAUACUGGUCAAAUUUUGCUAAAACUGGCGAUCCUAAUCGGGGUCCUGGUGAAAUGAGUUUAAACGAGUGGCCGCCUUUUCUCCCUCAAACUCAGGAUUAUCUUGUUCUCUCUACGAAAUAUCUUCACACAGCUGACAGAUCACAGGCCGUAAGAUCGGGAUAUAAAGCACACGAAUGUGCGUUCUGGCGCAAUUAUCUACCUCAUCUCGUUGCAGGAACAGCGGAUAUUUCUGAUGUAGAACGAGAAUGGAAACUGCAAUUUGACCAAUGGAAAAAUCAUUACAUCGUCGACUGGAAGAAUCAAUUUGAUAAUUUUCUUAAUAAUUACGAAAGACGAUUACAGACAUGUGGUGGAACACCUUAAAUAAAACAGACUAUAACACUUCAGUAUCGCACCUUUUCACACGCACGAAAAAAAAAAAAUCAUUUUUUUUAAAAAAUGGUAUUUCAUCGUAUUAACUACGUAAUAACAUGUAUUUGUACAUAUAGUCAGUUUCAUAAUUGUUAAUAAUCCACCAAGCACUUCAUAAAAUUUCCAUAAUUGGCAUAUAGUUAUUUGAAUACGAGUAAUACUCCAUUUUGUUUAUGCUAGGUUCCCACUGUCGUGCGAUGCGUUACCAUAGGAUUGUCCCUAUUGAGUCCAUGAUCUGGGGCUGGUUGUUCAAAGCUCUGUUGGGGGGGUUGGAUGGCUGAAUGGUUAGCGUGCGCGCGCUGUAUCAUAAAGUCUGUCAUUGAGUCGACUGGUGUGGUUUCGAAUCCCCGGUUGUACGUGGCAAGGAGUAGGGUCGCCUGUCCAACCUCGUGGGUUUUCUCCGGGGCCUCCGGUUUCCUCCCACUGCUAAAGACCCCUACGCGCAAGCGAAUUAUGUAAAUAAAUUUUUUAAAAAAACAUAUGUUAGUCCCGAAAUGACCUAGUUUGUGUCGAGUGGACGUUAAACCCCAUUUCUCUCUCUCUCUCAAAGCUCUGUUAACUUUUAGCAUCUCGUUAACAUGGAGUUAAUGAGUCGUUAUCUUUAACACAGAGAUGGUCUGUUGCUGGAAGCCCCGUUAACUUUAACAAGUCGUUAACAUGGCGUUAUAUUUAACGGAUGUGUUGGGCUCCGUUAUCUGUUUAACCAUGGCAUUAGUCGGCUGUCCGCCGAAGUAUACCCUUAGCAAAAAGUCAUAGAUUACCAGUAUAAUUUUCUAAGAACAUUCUAGAGGGUUGGGCGAUGGGUGGCUGAGGGCAUGUAGGAAAUACUGACCCCAAAUAUUCUACAGUUUUUGUAGUGCAAAUCCCAUAAUUUUUCAUACAGAUUUAUGCUAAAAUUUCUUAAGGAAAAAAUAAAGUAUUCUAUAGUUUUUUUUUAUAGUUGUCCCACUGUCUUCAGUUUCUUGUUAAUAAUAACUUCAUUAAAGUUGUUAUACAUAUACAUAGAAUUUAAAAAUUUAAAACUCAGCCAAUGAACAAACAGUCUUCUCUUGGAUUAACUUUAAUCAGUCCGUUAGCUAAGGGAUAAUGAAAUUGACUUUCUAGCAACAGAAAUUUAACGGACCGUUAACAAACGACACGUUAGCAAGAUGAUGAUCCGUUCGAGUUUAACGGAUUGUUAAAAUAACUUCGUUUUGAGCAACUGGUCCCUGGUAGGUGAAGAUAUGUUCGGACACCUUUCGAUAUGAUCAACACUACUUCCACGACGGGCCCCAAAAGAUCUGAUAAGAUCACCACGAUUAGUGAACGAUUAAAAACAGGAUUUCAAUCGUAGCGCGAAUCGUGAUAAUGGGAACCUAGCCUUAGUUUAGCUGAUUGGUUGUAUGGAUGGUUGGACCAAGGACAAGUCCCGGAGUGGCAAGAGUUUUUUUCAAAUGAUGGGAUUGGAAAUACGGACAGGAACUUACUAAUAACUGGAUUCACAAAACUAAAGACAGCGAAAGUAGAUUGGAGUUGAAGGGCGGGAAAAUAUUUCCGAUUGAGAAAUUGCCAAGCAAAACGUAGGUCGCGAGAAAGGAAGGGAUUCAGGGAGUUCUUUGGACGAGUUAAUGCUAGAGAUGCUUAUAAGUUGGUCAAUCGCCACUUAUUGGGGUUGGGGUCAUAGGUAUACUGUGCAGCGCCCCGGGGUACGAAUUCCAACAAGCCCAGUAUAUCAUGUAUAAACACGGACAACUUAUAGGGGUUUAUUUUGGGGCAUUAUUAAAGAUGCUUUAUGUAAGAUUUAGAUAAAAAAAAAACCUGGUCGUUCUUGCUGUAAUAGUUCAAAACUAGAUAAUGAAACAUGAAUACCGGUUUAUUAAAAAUGUCAUUGAUGUUACGUCAUUCUGAGCAAAGGUAUCAGUGUUUGAAGUUUUGACAAGAUGUAACAUAGAUCUUUUAUUAUGGUAGCAACACUACUUAACAAUCAAGACUAAGCCUCGGUUCACCAUUUUUAAAUUAAAUUAUUUUAAAAUAACGACCUUGUUUCAAUCCAUUUAAAUCUCGGUCAUCCGAUUUCCUAGAGGAGUUGAUUAUAGGAUUGGCGUAUGAAUAAGCGUCUAAAUAAUAGUUUAUAUAACAUUUGAAGCCAACAUAAAGACCAGCAGGAAGGUUUAGCCCUUACAUAAUGCAGUUUUAACUGUUUUUCGCACAAAUGUUUGUAUUCACAACAUACCAUUUGUUGUAUUUUUUAUGUUGGAUCGCCUUUUUUCGUAAUAUUACACAUAUAUUUUACAUCGCAUUGUAAUUUGUUAAGAAUGUAUGCAUGAUUUAAGGCAUGACUAAGUCGCUUUUAAAAGGGCUAAAUUCUUCUUUUCAGAUUUUGUUGUAUCGACAUUUCAUCCAAUGCUUGCGAUAUUAACACCCGGUCGCACACCUUACGUUCGGGCGAAAUGUCAGAUAUUUUACUAUAGGCUGCGGACUUAUUGAUAGUCAGUUUACUUCCAAUGUAACCCUCAAAGCCAUAUAAAUGUUGUUUUUUUUCGGUACUACGGGUACCAGUAAGGUUUCUGAAUUAUUUUGCAACAUUUUGCUACUUUUAUUGUCUGUUAUGUCCAUUGUGACUGAAACAGCCGCGGCGUAACCCUCGCGAAAAUUAUUGUAAACUACGUGUUAGUCAAAAUCUAUAGGAAUGACGUCAUUUCUAUGACGCGACAAAUACAUGCAGUUGUCCCAUGUUCUUGUGGUCAUUUUCGCGAGUUUUACCCGACUGUGGGGUCGGGUUUUGGAGUUUACAUCAUACAGGGAGUAAUCCUUAACAGGCAUUUAGUAAUUGGAUACAGGGAGUACUUAUGCUUCACUAUAAUAUUAGAUGGAAUGAUCAGUAGCAAUUAGAGCCUUGUUUAUUUUAUAUAUUAUGUGACUUCACCACAACUCUUUUAAGAGCCAAGCGGGAUUUGAAUGGCCUAUAAGUGGUCUGGAGUGCCGCGCUUCGAGCUCUAGCUGGAAUGGAGAUAGGGGCGCCUUCACAACCUCGUGGGUUUACUCCGGGUACUCCGGUUUCCUCCCACAGGAAAGACCCCUGCGCAUGCACUAAGAUAAUAAAAUGAAAAAAAGACAACUUGUCUGCGAUAUCACCCUCGGUGGAAGCGGACGUUAAACACUAAGAACAACAACGGGGUACUCAUUGGGCGCUACCCUGCAAAAGGCAUUGUGUCUUCACCCAAAGGAAAGGCGUCCUACUCGAUCUCGCGUCUCCUACCUGUGCUAGACUAAGCCUAUUAUUUGGCUCCUACGCCUUUUAGCGAGGCAUGCGCUGUAUUGGCGUAAUAGCUGGUGGCUUGGACGCGACCGAUUUGGGGCGGGGGGGGGGGGGGGUAGGUUUUUAAAUGAUCAGGACACAUUUUGGGGGAAUCUUAAGACAUUUCAGGCUCAGUUUUAACCUUUUGAACCUGAAAUAGAUUAAAAUUGUUUAUAUUGUUGUACUGUUUGUAUAUGUAUAUAUAUAUGUAGAGAAAUAUUAUUUUUAGAAUAGAAGUAUUAUGUAGGUUUCCUUCAUCGAUCUUGAUUCAUACAAGUUUCAAUAAAUAUUUACUUUUUAUAUAU